AUGAAAGCAUUCGGAGAUAGUCCUCUGUUAUCCGACUCGUAUAUCUUACAUAUAGGUAAAUCUUCACUCGGACAGACUACAUAUGAUCAAGGAUAAGGGUAAUAACUAAUAAGGCAACGGAAUAUUGAAAUUAUAUCUGCCCAAUUAAAUUUGAGACACCUUAAAUUUGCGCUGCAGAGAACAAUGUUUUUAAAUAUUUUGCAUAUUUCACAUAUAACCGUAGAGUUUAUAAUAAUUCGUAAACACUGUCUAAUACCCCAUGCAAUAAAUAAAGGUUUUACUGUUUAUCACUUUAAUUUAAAUUAAAGAUAGUAUGUAUUUGUCUUUGCAGCAAUGGCGUUGUGAAUGACGGAGAUUAUUUGAUCAUCGUACCGCGAGUGUUUCGAGCUGGUACGACGCAGAACAUUGGUAUCAAUAUUUUUGGAAAUAAAUCUUGUGAUGUACGCCUCACACUGGAAGACUCGACGAAACGUGGCAUCAGUAGCCAAGCAAGAGGUCAUUUUCAACCAAAUGAAGCUGGUAUGCUGGAACUUCAGGUCAGUUUUUAUCACGUCAUUGUUACAGGUCACUGUCCUAUCAUACCUCAAGGGCUAAUCAUAAUUGCACUGCAUAUAGAGUGUGGCAUCGAGAAUUCGCUUAUGCUAGAAGUUACCGCAAUGCCGGUAUAGAAGAUUUUCAUAGGAUAUUCCCUUUUUAAUUCGAUUUUCCUAACGAAAUCUCUCCUUCCGGUAUGAAGUACGUUGACGUGCAGCGGAUGUCUGUGAUGAGAUACAGCGAUAUAAAUUAAUGUUUUUUUCAAAUUCUCGACGCCUUUUGUACCAUAACUCCAUAUAAUUACUUGUCCGUGCUGUUUCGUUGACCAGGUACCUGAAGGCCUAUCUAACGUGAAAGUGAGAGCUACAGUAUGUGGAGUAAAAACAGCGAAGAAAACUAUUGCUUAUGAAGCCCAAGCGAAGAAGGUCUUUAUUCAAACCGAUAAACCCAUUUAUAAACCUGGACAGAAAGGUCAGUAGCCUACGUUAUACCUGUUAGAUUUUCGUUCGUAUGCAUGAAUUGCAAUUUGGAACGACAUGUUUAGUAUCCUCGUGAAUGAAUGUAAAGAAAAUGAAUUUGAUCAAUGUAAACGAACGCAUAGUACAAAUAAUUAUUGCACAAUCAUAAAAACUGAUCUUUUGCAACAUCAGCUGAUCUCAGUAAUUUACUGAUACUUUUAAUAUUAAUAGAAUCAUUGCUGACUUUAAAAUUUUAAACAAAAGAAAACUUAUUUUUAGUUUUGAUUCGAAUUAUAUGUGUGGAUUAUGAACUAAAACCUGCAGGAAAGAAAGUAAGUCAACAAUUGAUUUUGCCUGUGCAAAUAUACAUCACGCACGUAACAUCUUGAUAUUUUCAAUGGAAACCACUUAUACACCCCCUGAAAAUGAUAAAAAUUGUCCAUUAUGCAUCAAAUGACUUUUAAUUCCAAUAGGGUUAAUUUCUAGUACAUUCAUGAAUGUCAUAUAUAGUGUUAGCUGUAUAGAGGCUGUGUAUCAAAACGCGUUUAUUAAUUAAUGACGAGUUCAGGACUUUUAUUGGUAAACACAUUCAGUUAUACCUCAACACUCCGUAGCUACGGUUGCUAAGUCCACAAGCCGUGUUUCUUAUGCGAAAAAUCGAUUGAUAAUCGACGAACUGCGGUGAUUUCAACCCAUUCAAUAGGAAACCAAUCAAGAUUCAAAGGGUUUUUCAGCUCUUAAUGAAUGUAAAGAAAGUUGCUUGUGGGACAUGGUUAACUCCAUUGCAAAAUAUAGUUACCAAUUGAUCAGCAUUAUAAACUAGACACAUUGACAUAGUAACAUAAUUUGUACAACAUAACAGCUAUUUUACUAUAACAUGCCUUCGCAGCAAAAGUUAUGAUACUAAACAUGGCCAUGGUGCCUUUUGCGCUAAGAUGUCGAAGGUUUUACCUUCAGAGGACAACGUUAGUUGAAUCAGCUGUGAAUUUCAUUAAAACGUUGUUAACUAUCACUCACUUAUCAUUAAUAUAAUUUCUGUCCUUAUUUUUUUCUGAAAGGUUUCCUCAGUGGUAAUUCAGGUUUGUAGAUCGUUUUGGUUUCCGUAAAUAUAAUAUCGUACAAAUAUGUUUAGAUAUCGUCAUUCGUCCAUCUGUCACCACUGUAGUCAUUUAUUUAAAAUGAGAGUUAAUAAGUCUUUUCGCUAUCGCGCGGUAAUAUCCAAUGAACUCUCAUCAAGUCUCAUGCAAUUCUCGUAUUCGUCUUAUCGAGGCAUGAGAUUUGAGAAACCUCUCGUGUAAAAUGUUUGCUUCUCAACUCUCAUUCAUGUUUGACCACGACUUACGUCAUUAUAACUUGCACAAAUAAGAUCGAGACUGGCAGAGCGACUUCAGAAUUAAAAUAAAUCCCUUCACAAUGAUUUUAUGUCACAGGAACCCAGCGGUGCGAGGAUAAUGCAAUGGAAUGAUGUUGAACUAGAAGAUGGUAAGAUUUUCAUUUUCACAAUCUAAAAUACUUCACGAAGUCACAACGAAAAAAUAAAGUGGAAAUUGAAAUACGUGCGAUUUUAUAAUCACGUAUUUGAUUGCAGGCCAUAUAUUAAAUUCAAUUGUCUUUAUCAAUCCGGAUUCCGAAAUAAUAUCACGUAAAUGCAUAUUUAGGCGUCGCUAAUCUGGAUCUUCAAUUGUCAAAAGAACCUGUUCUUGGUAAUUGGUUAAUUAAAGCGAAAUUUGAGGUAUGUCUACACAUUAACGAAAAAUGGCCGUUGGAAGUGAUAUAGAUAUAAAUGAGAUUAAAAUAUCGAACGUGACUACGUGAGCGCCACAAUAGGUAGCGAAUGAAACAAGGAGUGAACUUUUGCAUAUGACAUAACUACCUGAAAACAUAUAAUGAACUUUGACAUUUCGAUCGAAGGCUUUCGGCCGGAAAUUCACUGGAAGAACAUUGUGAAAAUCCAUAAUAUAAAAUUUCCAAUUGUAUCACUAAGUCCAUAGUAUGUCUAUAUAAUUAUUUCCAUAUUAUAUUCAUUGGAUUGAAAUUGCAAUUAGUAUGGAAAUUGGAUCCCCCACGAAUGAAGAUCUAUACUAUUUCCAUAGAAAGGUGAUUUUGAAAAACAAAAUUCCACUUAGUUACAAUAGCGUGGGUUGUGAAAAUCAAAUGUCCUUUUAUACUCGUGAAUGCAAAUGCGACCAUGCGCGCGGGACAGGUUAUAAAACAACUAAUGAGAUGGAUAUUUUCUAAACUGGAGAGCGCUAGUUGUACCUGUAUUUUAAAAGACCACUUACACUCAAUGAUUGGAGGUUCAAUCUCAGCUUCACUGCAGUAUCAAUGAUGUCAAAGGAGAGUAGACAUAUAGUAAGGUACGCGAUACUAGCCCUCCAUCUACUCAAAAACGGUACAGACACUCAAGGGAAGCUCUGAUUGAACUUCCACUCGACUUUGAGUGUGAGUGUGAGUGAGCUGUUAUAGGAUACAGGCGUUAGAGACUCUAUACCUCCGCGGUGCGAAUUAAGUUAUAUAUUGUGCACACAUUGUACAAUAUGCUAAUUACGCACUCGGUGUAUUUUGUCCAGGAAUGAGCAAAGCAACGUUUGCAAAUUCCUUUUCCAAAUUUAACGAAUGCAUACGGCAACUUUGGUCUCAAAAAGUACUCAACGUUUGUUAUUUCGAAUACACAAACGCAUAACUUUAAGUGGUACCCUCGCAGUACGUUUAUUUGUUUGCAUUCACAGAUGCAAUAUAUUUGUUUUUCAGGGCAAAACAGUCACAAAGCAAAUUGAAAUUGAUAAGUACGGUAAGUGGACUGCAGAUAUACAGCUUAUGCAUUUAAUGUACGCUCCAUUGUCUCAUCGAUAUACUUUAUUAUCUAAUUUUUGCGUUGUUUUUCUAAUUUCCAGACUACGGCACUUCUUUCACAGCAUUAUAAUUAUUUCAAUUUCAGCUGAUCAAUAAUAAUAUUUUUAGUGAAAAUAUAUCAGCGCUAUUAAUCUCAGCGUGCUAUGAAUAUGUUAUAAAUCAAAGUCAAUCCGUAUUCCAUGAAGCGAACACGCGGAGGAAUUUCGUUCUCGACCAAUUAAUGUAUUUGUUGACAUUUUCGCUCUAAGUCAAUCAGAAUGCAUAAUUGUUACUACCACCAUGCGGUAAACAAGCAUACAUUUAAACAGAAAAUUUACCGUCUUAAAAAUAGCUUGACAGGGGUCAGGAUUUUUAAUUAUUUUGAUUGGAUGUUCAACGUGACAAGGUAAAAAAAAGAUAUUUUCCGUGGCAAUUUGCCGCUGGGAUUUUCGCUUUGUUGUCUAGUUUUGAAGGUAUCAACAUUCGAACAGCAGCGUGUUUUGAACUUGGCAAUAGAACGGAAAUUUUUUUAAAUUUAUUAUCUUACCUUGUAAUGUUGAAUCCAAUGAAUUAAAAAUAAUAUUAAAAACCAUGACUCCUCGAAGUUUAAUUUAAGACCCUAAAUUUCCUGUUUAACUGUAUGUUUUUACCGGAAGUGAGCUUUCAGUGCUCGCAAAAAAACAACCCACAGUAACCUUUUACGCAUUCUGAUUGGCUUAGAGCGCAAUUUUCAACAAUGCCAUGAUGGAUCGAGAACGAAAUUCCUCCCUUGUUCAUGAAGCGCUCAUUCGAAUUCUGUCUUAAAGAAACUUGACAUUAAAUGUUAAUUUACGCUCUCAUUAACUGAUAAGUUUUGUUAGUUUUACUCUUAAUUGUACCUUGUAGUUCUACCCAAAUUUCAACUGGAUGUCAAACCUCCUUCAUAUUUAUCAUUGGAUCAACGAGAGAUUCUUGUCUCAAUAUGCGCCAGGUAGUUACCAUACAUAAUUGUAUUUGAUGAAAUUUUUCACCGACGAUUCGACUCAAAUGAAUGCACUAAUAAGUUCAUCUGUUCAAAAGACAACUAUGUCACGGUUUCCAUUUGGCAAAUUUUUUACGAAUGGCCAAAUCCCAAGAACCAUGGAGUACGCAUUAGACUGUAACUGUCUAGCUUGCCAAAUAGUUCAAAUGAACGAAAUCUACGAAAAUAAUUUUAAAAUAGCUAUUUAAUAUACGAACACACGUACUUGUAUUGCUUAAAAACUGGCGGUGCAAAAGGUUAAAUUAAGAGAAAUUGACAACAGAGAAUAUCAGCUUCAUUGAAAAAAAACCACACAUACUUUACCAAACAAGUGCAAUGUUCAUAUUGUCUACACCUACAGGAGUAAUGAACACUGGAUUUUUUUUUUAAAUUCCUUAAUAUGGAAAUAGUAAGCAUUGUGAUGGUAAAUAGUAUAUUUUUUUCACACCAAUUCAAUUUCCAUACUAUGGAUACAGUAUGUAAGUAGUACAAAUAUACUAUGGAAUUAAUGAUGCAACCGCAAACUCCAUAGGGUAGGCCUGCUAAGUACAGAUGGUCGCAUAAAAAUAAUGCGUUCUUUUUCUGGUCAAAUUAAAACGAUUUGGAAGUUGAAACUGAGCGAGCAUGCAAAACAUGCAUUUUUCAAAAAAUGUUCCUGGGGAAAGUUUCUUUGUUAUCACUUUGGUCUGAAAAUAUUUCCAUCCAAAAACACCAUAUUUGUAAGUAGACGUGUACAGUUCACUUGCAGCAUACACUGUAUAAAGAUUUAUAGUUCUAAUCUGAUUUUGCUUAUUGUAGAUAGUGGAUAUUCAAAACGAUUGUGCAAGGAAAUUACACUUGUUGUCGAAUUUAUAACAAAAAAUCACAAUUGUGGUGAAAUAUUCUGAUCACGAAAUAAAACAAUAUAAUUUGAUUUUAGGUAUUCUUAUGGAAAGUUGGUCAAAGGACGUUUAGAAGCCACCCUGUGUCUCAAAUAUGAUACGGUUACACGAAAUUGUUUGACGGAAAUAAAAAAUGUAGGUUUCUUGCGCAUUGCACACUAUUCAACGAUAACGUGUUCAGUGAGGCAGUACAUAUGCGUAAGAAUGUCGCGUAUACGUUUAUGGACUGCAAUUAUAUUUCAUAAUGAAUUAAGCAAUUAAGUUACGAAAUAACCCAGAACAUCAAGUUGUAAAUAGUACAUAAACCGAAGGUUUACGAUGCGCAAUCUGGCGUUACAGAUCAUACUGAUCUCUAUAGAGACGCCAAAACAGCAAUGGAGAUACUCAUUAAAUUUUGUUGUGGGUGUUGCUCCACUUCUUCAGCAGAUAUAAACUAGGCUAUCGCUGAAGCGCUGUUUAGUCAAGCUGAACAGAAAGCCUUUUGUUGAAGGAAGAAGUUGAAGAAAUAUAACCAUGAAUCGGACAGACUUGUACUGUAUAAUGCGAAAAUGAUAUCUGAAUAAAAAUCUUAAUAUAUUUUGGGAAAUUAAAGUGAUUGUGAAAACCAGCUUUCAAAUUUAUAUUGAAAGACAUUUUUCAGAACGCCCGAGAGGAUUUAAUCGCCUGAGACGUUAAUUAAAGACUUGUAAUUACCGAUAAAUAAUCAUGUCGUCUGACUCUCGUAUAAAUAUAACUCGAACAUACUUACCAAUGAAACAUUGGACAUAUACAUGACUGUCAAAUGAAUGACUAUUUGUUACAUUUUUUGGUCUCAAUUUAUAUUGGUUUCCAUGCAACUUUCCAUCUCGUAUUUAUAUUAGUCGCUAUUAAUAUGAUAAGUUUAGUUCGUCCAUGCAGACGUUUAACUUAAGACGUCUUCUAAUGCAAAUACGGUUAAUUUAUCAUUCACUUUAUAGUGUUCUCAAUUUUGAUUGGCUAAUUUGUCUGCAAAUAAUUGUGUGCAAAUAUCGAUCAGGUGCGAAUAACUGGUGCAAAUACUUCGUUGAGCAUCAGUUUAAAUUAAAAAACAUCGUCUUCUCUUUUGAAAUGUCAACAUGGCUGGUUUUACCGAGCUAUCGGAAAGCGAUUUGUCAUCUUUACUGGAGGAAAAGGACGCCAAAAACACAAAAAAGGCACCAAAAGUUAAAUUGUUUACACGCUUGAUUUUAUAGAAAUCACAAGUUUUGUGCAAUACAGUAUUUUUACGUUGGAUAUUUGUCAGACUAAAUUAUACUUUUUCAGUUGACUGUUCUUGUACUUGUGCCCAUAAUAAUUUACAAAUACUAAUAAUCCGUAAAUGAUAAAAAUGAAUGAUCUGCUCGCCACUGAUAAAUCACGAUAUUUUGCUCAACCUCGUCCAAUAAUUAUAUGUUAUUAUUUUACAGGUCACAGGAUGCAUAGAGAUUAAUGCAAGAGAAUUAGUUGACCCUGUAACAGAAUAUCGGACUUACUAUACAAAUAAAUACUAUCUACAAAUUCAAGCAACGUUUACUGAAACGUCCACUGGAGUUAAACUGAAAGAAAACACUCGAAGCCCUAAUAUGGUCGAAAAAUCCAAAAUCAUGUCAUUCACUAACGUUCCGCAAAAGUUCAAACCUGGAUUUCCUAUCACUUUCAAGGUAUCGAAAUUGAAGUUAUACUCCAUAAAACAAUUUAAAAAGUUAAAAAAAUGAGGGUUAGGAGUUAGUGGUUAGUGGUUAGUGGUUAGUGGUUAGGGGUUAGGGGUUAGGGGUUAGGGGUUAGUGGUUAGGGUUGGGGUUGCGGUUACUGUUAGGUGCCGCGAAUUUAUUAUUAUGAUAAAUUCAAAAUUUGCCGCGAAUUUAUCAUAAUGAUAAAUUCGGACGUGUUUAAGAAUUUACUCAUAUAGUAAAUUCAAAGGUGGAGCUCAUGCUGAAUAUUUCAUAAAGUGGCCGCCACUUGCUCACACGGUGGCUUAAAAGGUCUUAAAACUGUUCAUUCUACCGAUAAAUAAAGAGUUUUUUAUUGACUGGGAUUUCAAUAACUCGGACUGGGAUUUCUAAUAAAAAUGCAACUGGGACUGCGAUUUUGUCAAAAUUUCAGGUGGGAAAUGGGAUUGGGACCCCCCUUCGGGACCCUCUUAUACGUAAUAUAAGCCUCAAUUUAAGGUAAAAUUCAACCACAAACGCUUCCAAAACGUUUUCAAAGUCACUAAAGUGUUAUAAAACUAAACUGCCUUUUAAAAUGGCUUUAUCGAUAAACUUUGAGUUUGCAAAUAUCAAUAUCAUAAGAAAGGAAUCAAUAUUAAAGAUACACUGAAAUUAUAUGCUGUUUUGUUUAGUUGUUUCAUAUAUGCAAAGCAAAAGGCCAUCGGGUUUUAAAUCCAUUUAUAUAAAAUCAAUAUUUAAAACAAACUUACCUUCGGCUUCGUUAACGUCGGCUCCCUUCUUUUAGCCGAUUCUUUCGCAGUUUCUUUCUCAGAGAGCUUUUGAAAUUUACAAAAUCUUGCAAAAAUGCGAGCAAAAUGAAAUAUAUUGGCAAGAAAUUUAUCAAUCACCAAAUCAAGAAAUAUUUGCUAUUUCGCUGUCGUCCUGCAGUCGUUAUAAUGCAAAUUUUAAAUUGGACCAAUCAGUGUUGACUAUUCAUGACAGUCCGCUAUAUUAUGAGAUCAGUGAGAAUGACCACCCACCGAAACUUCGUUGGUGACCCACGCCCGCGAUAAUUGAUGAACUUUAGACUCCGCUAAUGCUUUCGUUUCCCCGGGUGUAAAUAGCCGGGGGGAAUUAGUACCCUCGCACGGCGCUUCGCGCCGUCGGCUCGGGGCAUAGGGCUCCGGGACAAUUGUAAAUUUAUAAUAUUAAUAACUAUUUUGACCAUAAAAUACAAUUUACAGAACGAAGGAAUAUUUUGUAAUGGAACACUACCACUGCAAAUGUUUUUCUAAAAACAUGAUUCUACAGCAAAAACACGCCUGUGUCUAUUAUUUUACUUGUCCGCUCAAAUUCAUACAUUGACACAACAUGAAGAUGACAGAUACACUGUAUAACAAGAGUCAAAUACGAUUCUCAAUUACAGGAGCAUAUGUGAACACUUCAGUAAUUUUAAUUCAUUAUUAGUUUUUCCAUUUAUUGAUCAAGCGUUUAUGUCUGAAAUCUUGUUUCUCACCAAUAAUAUAACUAGAGCUUGGUCAUUACUAUUACUAGAAAUACAUACAUGCAACAACCCCUUGCCUAUAUUUUCCAAACAUUGUUUCAACAUGAAGUAUUCAUAAUUACGCCAACACUGAAUGCAGGCUCACGUUGCAAAUCCUUUUAGUCAUGGCAACACAAAUCACGAUUUUUUAAAUAUUUGAGCAAAGCUGCAAAAAAUAGAUGAAACUUGAAAACUUUUAAAUACAGAACUAUCAAUAUCUAAAAUAUAUAAAAUAGGUAUAUUAUUUUGGUUUCUAUUGUCUCUAUGCAUGGGCUUUAUCUUAAAGUAAAAUUCAAAAAGAAAUUCUACGUAAAACGUUUUUAAAUGUGAAUUGAAAUCAGCUGCUUUUUGCCGAUAUUUAUAUAAACUCUUCAACUCAAGCUUCUACCUAUUACUCGCACCUUGAAAGGAAAUAAAUUUAAUUCGUUCAGGACGCUGAUGAAAAUAAUUUGCUUUCUUUUUUAUAAUGAACUUCUACAAAGGUUAAUUUAACUAAGAAACUUUCGCAAACAAUGCGCACUUGAAUUAACAUCAAGAACAAGUCCAUAUUAAGUGCAUAUGACAUGAAAUUUCUUAAUUUCUUAAAUGAAAUAACGUUAACUAUUUAAGCUGUAAUGUAACUUAUUUUUCAGUUUCUUGUUUUUAUCGUUUGUUCCCGAGAUAUUUCAAUUUGUUUGAUAUAUGAAUAUGUCCGCUAAUUUAUGACGUCAUGUUGGUUGCGGACAUAUUCACACUCAUUUCCAUAUCAAACAAAUUGAAAUAUCUCGGAAACAAACCACAAAAAGAAGAAACCGAAAGAUCAGUUAAACUACAGCUUAAAGAGUUAUUUCAUUUAAAGAUGCGGUAAAGUCCGUUCUGCGUAUAUAUUCUGCGCGUCAAAACAUUCCAUCAGUGGGAGGAGCAACCUUUGGAAUGUUGUUAAUAUUUCGCACCUUCCGAACUUUCUUGAAUUGAAUCUCUAGUCUGUAUUAAUUUACAAGCAUAACGAACCAGAAAAGUGUGAAAAAUUCAGUAUAAUAUGUAUCUAAUCAUAUUUUACAACUGUAGCAGCGAGUUCAAAAUGUAAACAAAGCGUUUGUUUACAUUACGGACUUUGCAUCACCUUUAAGAAAAUAAGAAAUUUCAUGUCAUAUGCACUUUAAUACAAAGUCAUACAUAAACAAUUGAAACAAACUUGCCCUACACUUUAGGAUUUCUCAUACUAAAUCAAUUCUUACAAAUAUUUACGUUUACUUAAAAAAUGGUAAAAAGUUUUACAAUUUGUUAUGUGAAACGAUUUUCCAAGCUUUCCGACAUGAAUUUUUUAUAAUUGUUGCCUCUUCACUCCUGGGAAACAGCCAUAUUUUGAGAUCAGUGAGAUGAUCACCCACCGAACCACUCACGGUAACCCAUUCCCGUGGUCAUUGAUGAACUUUAGACUUCGCUAAUGCUUUCGUUUCCCGAGUGGUAAAUAGCCGGGGGGGAAUUACUACCUCGCACGGCGCGUCACGCCGUCGGCUCGGGGAUAAAUGGAAGCUUUACACAUUCACCGGGAAACCAACUCUUAACCACUUGAUUAAAGCGUCAAAAGAAGGAAUUAUCUAUAAUUCAACUGCGUGCAUUGACAGAUUUCUUAUCGCCUAUACGGCUAUAACGAAUGUUAUAUCACCCUUGUACAUAUACGACUUGUAAAAUUUAAAUGCAAAGUAUUAAGUAUUUAAUUAGUUUAAUAUACUUCGUCCUCUGCCACAAGUAAUUGUCCAUAUAUAUUGACAAUAAAUGAUGCGAAAAUAAGUGCAUGCGUCAUGUCUUUAAUCGCUGAAACUGGUUUUCAAUUCAAGUUUUAACCUUGUGUAGAGAACGUACUAAAAUGAAUGAUCCAAGACAACAUAUCUAUUAUUUAGAAAGUUAUUAUUUCCUUCAAGAUUAGAAUCAAUUAUCUGGAUGGAAAACCUGUGACUAAUGGCACACUUACACUUGACAUCUCUGGACGUCGCUUUAACAAAAAGUCGCUUGGAACAUUAUUUCGGCGAUCUUACUCUGUUAAAAUUAACAAUGGCUUGAUAUCUGUCGUUUUCAGCAAUGUACCCAUUUAUACGGAGACCCUCAACUUUAAGGUAAGUUUGCGCUUUAUUGAUUACAGGUACGUACUGGUUGUUUUUCAUUAGGUAGUCAUAUGUCCUUAGAAAACGCUCUUGACAUCUGAAACAUUUGUUUGUUUUAGAUGUAAAACCAUUCUUGUCAAGUAGCCCAAGUAUACAUUUGGCUAUUCCCGCUAGCUACACCGAAUUUUAUUCAGGGUCCGUUUAAAGAGCCAUUCCUAUUCAGUUUCUUGAAUAGUGGAAAAGACACAUUACAAACCAAAAUAAUUUGUACUUUGAUAUUUUAAUGUUUUGCAUAGAACAGUGUUUUGAGAAUCAGAAACUGUAACGGAAAAGUCCGUAACUGUGGUUACUAUGGCAACAAUGACGUUUCGAAAUGGCUGCUAAUUUACGUUAACUAUUAAGUUAAUUUGUGACCCGCAACUUUUAUUUUAUUAAAAGUUAUCUGUUAGUAUAAGUAAUCAUUAAGCCAAUUUUUAAAAAAAUUCUGUAGAUCCAAAAACCUUUUGUCACGAAUAAACACUUUGUUUCGAUUUUGUUAAAGAGUUUACUAAUGAUGGCUCAUACUAGAAAAAAAUUUUAAUAAAAUAAAACUUGGGGGUCACAGACAGUUUUUUCAAAUUAAAUUAAUUUUAAAGCAAAUUAACAUCCAUUUUGAUACGUCAUUAAUUGUUGCCAAAGUAAUCACAUUUACGCACUUUCCCUUACAGUUUCUGAUUCUCAAAGUACUGUUCUAUACAAGACAUCUGGUUUCAUUCUUUUAUGAACAUAUCGAUGUACCAAUUUUUUUUAUCUGAAAUGUGCCUUUUCCAAUUUUCAAGAGACUGUAUUGAGCCACCUUAACUCCUCCCUUCCUCCAUUAAUCAAAUCUUCUGCACCCAUAUGAUAAUUGUUCAACAAUCACGUUCAUAAUAAUUUGUUUUACUGUAUGUAUCAAGUUAUCUUUAAACACUUUAGGCAAACUACAAUUCUGGACAGUUAGAAAAAAGUAAAUCUUCCAAAGCUUUGUAUUCGCCAAGUUUGUCUUAUCUGAGAUUGGUUUUACCUGAACAUGUGACAGCAAAGGUAAAAAUUUUAUAUCACAUUGCUUGCUUAAUGGAUAGCUCGGUACUCUCGCAACAGCAGAUUGAUAUAACAGUGUUCGUACACAUGCAAUAUUAUAAAAUAAUGCAUUUUAGAAGAGUCGUAAUAUAUUACGACUCUUCUAAAAUGCAUUAUUUUACUUCAACAGAUUGACUUCCGGGAUAAAAGGUACCCUCCAGCAGCAUUAUUCUUUAUAUCAACUUAUUUUAGGUUGGGAGUCGAGGAUCUGUGAAUAUUUUGUACACCGUUCACGAAAAUAAGCUGGAAGAGAUUCCCUUUCACUAUAAGGUAUUGUUAGUUUGGAUUAUGUUCACGAGAUGCUAAGAGUGCUCGAUAUCAUAUAGAUAGAGCGGGAUGUGUAGUUUUUACUUUGGAGUAAAGGUUUCCACUACACCCAGUUUCAUCCAAGAGGAAUCGUCAGGCAGCUGGCAAUAUUUUUAAAAAUGGGCUGCUUAAAUGUGCGCAUGAGGGACUCGAACAAACAUGCAUUCAUUGUAUUGUUUUCGUUCUUCACUUGGAGUUUCUCGAAGAGUGCUGGAUAUCAUGUACAUAGAAAAAAUUGCUAAAUAUGCAGUUUUGCACCUCAAAAAGUUGCAACAACAGCCUCAUUCAUCCAGGAAGAAUCAUGAUAUGGCGGACAAAUUUCGCAAAAUGGAUUGCUUCAGCAUGGUAAAUAACGCCUAACUUACAGGGGAUAAAUAAGAAUGGCUAAAAAUUUGAAUAAUACAUCUUCUUGGAUUCUUCUGAGUCCAAUACUUUAGGCCGAGAUUUCAAUAUUGCGCCAGGCCGAAGGUCGAGCCUAAUAUUGAAGUGGAUAGUUACUUAAUAUUUUGCCAUAUUGGGCGAAGAUGAAUCCAAUAAGUGUUUUAUCCAUCGAACAAAACAAUUAUAUAACAAAAAAUGUCAAAUAAACGAUAAAGUAAUACAGCGAGAAUAAUACAGCGACAACAUUACAACUACAUAUACCGACGGCGAAUUUGUUUAAAAAUAACUAAACAAAAAGAAAAACUUGUUUUUACAAAUACGUGUGCAUAAACAAACUCAAUUCCUUGUAUGUUUAAAGGAAAUUUGACUUAAUUUUAACGAAAAAAAUUCUAUUACUAACGUCGAGGCUGUUGCAAAUAAAUUAAUUUCGCGAAGAGAAAUUUCCCCCCUUUAAUAAUUUCAAACAAAACUGGUAGAAAAAACUGUAUUAAUGUCCUGAAUUCUUUUCAUAUUCUGCUAUUUUGCUUUUCGUAUGUUUGAAAUUGCCAAACAUCUGAACAGCGUUGAAAAAAAAAAGAAAAAAACAACUCGAUUCGCAACUGUCCAACAGGUUCCUGCCCAAUAUGGUAAAAUAUUGGAUCGGCACGUGACCCUCUUAACGAUUACUGAUUGAUUUAGUGCGCGUGAGUGUACUAUAAUAAUAACAAUUGUCGUAAUGCAGUGUGUUCUGCACCAUCAUCGUUGUUCUCUACUAUUUUAUCAAAGAUACAGUCUAAUCUCAUGGAAGUAACCAUAUGAAAACUAUUUGAGAUCUUACAAUUAUACUUGUGGAUGCUAGGCGUUUUCUUCCCUAAUGAUAUAAAUUGUAAUUGUCGGAUCCAAGUUGGAACAACUACCAAAGGAAAUUAACUGGAAUAAAUAAUUGAACCUAUAGUUUGUCGAUUUUAUCCAAUUCAAGUUAGGUGGUUAUAACACCAGAGGUUUGUCGUAUCUUAUAUUUAUAGUGCCAAUUUAGAGCAGAAUUGUGCGCAUUGAAAGCCAGGCGUUUCCGUAUGUACAAAAAAUGUUAUUCCAAACAGGACGAUAACGACCCAAUGCAUGUUCUAAAUAAUGGAGAACCUUUCAUUUAAAAAUAAAACAUCGAGUUUAUGAAAUUACCUUUAGUUCGGUCGCAUGAGCAGCUCGACGUUUCAGCUAGACCAAUAGACAGAUUUAGAAAAGACGACGCAACGUCAAAGACGACGUGGAAAUGACGUGUACACCUUGCGUUCACUUCGGGGUUUUAAUCUGGGACGGCUUGUUUUUCUUUUUCGAAGCAAAUUUUUGUUUUCUCGUUCCCUGCUCAUUCCUGUAUUGUUUUCAAUCAGUUGUCAAGUUAUGUGCAAGAAAAGGCUAUAUAAUACUGGCCAAGUGUUUCCUGAUGAAUUAGUAUGAACAUUCAAUAAGUUUUUUUUAGAAAAAGACGUAUAUUUCGGUAUUUUGAAAAGUGAACUUUGUUGCAUCAUUUGGAAUAAAUACUAUAGCUGCAGGUAUUGUUUACGAGCUAAAUGCUUUAGUUUGUAGCCUAUCCAAUCAAGUUUGUCAACUGUUUAGUAUAAAUAAGGCAUCAGUGCUUAUAUUGGUAAAAUUUAAUACUGUUUAAGAUAGUUUUUUUACUUCCCCUACUUUUUCGCACUGUUGUGACAGAGCAACUAAAAUUGAUUGAGUUUUUACUGCUUUUAAUUGCUUUUAUUCUUCUAUCUUCCCAAGUUUUCCUGAUUUUAAACAGUUUUUAAUAUAACUUCACUUCAGUUUGUUCUAAAAUGUUUGUUUUGGUGAAGAAUACUGGCGGUAUUGAAAUGGUUAUUAACAAUGCUUGCAGUUUUGUUGAUUUGUUAUGGCGACCGAAUGUACUUGUCAAAAAUUAACACGUUCAAAAUUUAGCGAAAUACAAGAAAAACAACCUUGUCAAUGAAAAACCUUUAAAUAGAGUCAUUAAACAAUACUUGGGGAACAAAAUAGGAUCAUUUUUAUCAUGCAUACUCUCAUAUUUUUUUCAAAAGAAGCAUAAAUCUGUGACGUUCUAGAGAGAACGUGAAAAUUGAAUUUUCGCGUCGUGAAAUUGUCCAAGACGACGUGGCAAAUCAGAAGCUGACGAUAGUUGGCGCCAAAUGACGCCAUCUGUCUAAUAACGACGCUAAAUCUGUCUAAUAACGCCUGUAUAACUAUAAUUUUCUGGCUCAUUUAAUUUCAUUAUGAUACGAUUCUAUGCCAAGUACCUCGAUUAAAUUUCACUUUUCUCUAAUUUUGAAUGUAUGGUGAAUGACAGUUUCUCGAACGGUGUCCCAAGAAUUUCAUCCCACCCCAUCAUUUCGCCCCCCUUCCCCCAGUGAAGAUUCGCCCUUUCGGGUGACGAAUUUCCUGGGAUAACCCCCCCCCCCCUUUAGGAUGUUCGACCCUCGUCCCUUUAGUAACGUCGCCUUUGCUGCCCACAAACUACAGGUUUAUAUACCAGUGUAUUUGACCUUUAUGGUCAUUCUCUUUUAAGAUUCUGUGUAAAGGCAAUCUGAGACAGUCUGGUGUUACUAAAGUCGCUCGGGAUAAUCGUCUCAGCUCGAAUAGAAACGAAAGAUCUUUUACUUAUAAUGGUAGAACAAUACAAAGAACAAGUGUCAACAAAUUUGACCUUAGGUUCAACGUUACCCAAGAUAUGGUUCCAAGCUGUAGAAUUCUGGUCUAUUAUGUCAAGGAGGAUAAAGAGACUGUUGGUGACAGUAUUGUGUUCGAUGUUGAAGAAAAGCUUGAAAAUCAGGUACGAGCUUAAGUAAAAUAUACUUUCGCUUGCUUCUCUGGUUUGAAUAAGUGAAUAUGAUCUCUAGUAGAAUUAGAUUCAGGAACAAACCUUUCCACGUUUCAACCUAAUAUUCUUGUAACGUUGGUAUCGGUACGCUUGGUGGGCUGUUAUUAUUGGGGAAAAUUCUGCGCUAGUCCCCAAGACUGUAAUGUUUGUCUACAUCAUUUAUUCAUUUUGUAUAUUUGAGUAAGCACGUGCGUGACUUCCUUGAUAGUUUAUGGGCAAUUGUCUGCCAUUAGAAGAUUGAACAUAAAUUUUAUUGUCUUAAUUUAAACUGAAACUGGAAAUCAACCAUAGUACCCAGAGACCAUUUGACGGCCUCCCUAAGUCGAUAUUGAUAGCCAGGGUGAAAGAAUAAUAGAAAAUCUGUUUCUAAUUACUAUAAGAAAAAUAGGGGUCAAUUUCCUGCCAUAAAGCCUUUGACAGCUCAAGAUCAUGUGGCAUUCAACCUGAUUACAAAUGUCGGCACAUUUAAAAUUGGACAUACAUUGAUUUUAACAUCUAUUGGAAGUUAUUGUCUCUUUUAGUAACUACAAUUAUUUUCCUGAAUUUAUCCUCUACGCCUAUAUAAGUUGACGUUAAACAUUUUCAAUUACCUUUCGUUCAUGACAUAGAUAUAUGGUGCACGACAAUCAGGGGCGCAGGAGCCACGGGGGCAGCGGGAGCAACUGCCCCCGUUGCCCAAACAUUGCGGGGGCAGCACCGGGGCAACAGGUUGCCCUUUUUGCCAGAACUGGACCUCGAAAUUUGUGCAUUAUUCACUGCAGAAAUUGAAAUUUAGAACUUAAUUUUUAGAACAAUGUUUUUAGAACAAUGUUUUUCAGUCCGUAUGUAAACAAAGGCUUUGUUUCCAUUUCGGUAUCCAAAGUAUAGAAUUUUAUUCGAAAACUAUUUAUAUUUUCAUGAUGCUAAAGUAUGAUAAAUUAUCAAGACACAACAAUCAAGCUUUGCAAGAACGUAAAAUGAAAUAAAAACGUAAAUAAACUGUUUGUAUAAUAAAAGAGGGCUCGAUCUUUUGUGCACAUACGCAGAUCGGACUGUACAGCAUUUUUAUGUCCCAAUCAAUUCCAUGUGUGCCCAACCGCCUCCCCUUUUCGGGCAUUUGUCAUUUUGGCGAAAAAACGUUACAAAUGCCCCACCAUGGGGUCUAAAUAAUGCAACAAAAUCCCCACCCCUGGGCACUUAUAUUGACGCAAAUGCCCCACCCUUGGGAGCAACAUUUAAGUUUUCUGAGGAUUUCUGAACUAAAAAAUCGAAUGCAGGAUCUAUGUCGUAUCAAUAUAUCUAUAUUUAAAAUUGAUUCUGUAGCCAUUUUGUUUCAAACGUUUUUAUUAAAUUAAAAUAUUGAAGUCUCAAAACUUAAUGUAACAAUAUAGAAAGGCGGAAGUAUAAAUUAGUCAAUGUAUCAACACUAUGGACAAGAAUGAAAGUGUGUAUUAUCAUAGCACAUACUCAAUAGAAAUCAGGGCUAUGCAACUCAUUGUCCUAUGUUAUUGUUCAUGUUAUGCAUAUUUAUGUAAAUUUCGCGGUAUUGUAUUCUCUGUAUAAUGAAGCUGUCAUCCAAUAGCAACAAUUGCACUGAAUUACUGGUUGCUUCAACGUCACGUGUUGGGUCGCUUCGAAUGAAAUAUGCGCCAUGAUUAGUUCGCACUAUGGUAAAUGUGCUUACUACUAAUACGGUUAGAUAGCGAAGCAAGCGACAAAUAUUCGACUUUUUAGUCUCGAGCGAAUUCCCAACUCCAGGGCUAACAUACAGAAAGCAAAUGCUCGACCCUUGGAAUAGGUACAGUUGAUAAUGCCCGACAAACGCCCGGUGUGGGGGAGACCCAUGGAAUUAGCCUUUCUCACGCCGCCAUUUUUGGGUGGCAUUUCGGCUGAAAUCCGGGAGAUCAGUCCACAUAGCAGCGACUUUUUAUAUUUUUUUUGACAAAUGGUGGUAAAUUUGUUUGUAAAAGGUUAGUUUAUUUUGAAAAAUUCCUUUUCACAUUGUUUUAAUUGUCUGCGUUGGUAAACGAGAAUUGCGUGCCACCCAAAAAUGGCGGAUAUUCGUCAUCGUGAGAAAGACUAAUUGAUAGAGACUUUAAGCAAUCUUUGCUUAAUUUUUAACCAGUUGUAGUAAAAUUAAUGCUAAACAAGCAAUAUACGUUCGUUCACUGAUUUCAUUUUGCGCCUUUAGCACGGUGCAACAAAUAAAAUUAUUCAAAAUUAAUGUCAAUGUUUGCCGACCCAUAAUGGCCACAAGUAACCGAGUAUUCAUACAGUAAAGAUUUAGCAAAUAUUGCUGCCCAGAAAAAUGAAGUGCCCUUUUGAAAUGACUCCCUCGCCGCUUCACAUUGCUUUCGCCGCCCCUGACGACAAUGAUAAUAGAGCCAUGGAUAUACUAGGACCAAAAUAGUCUAUGUUUCCAAGUUUUCCCAGACAAGUUCCCCACCGUUAACGAAAGUUGGACAAUGAAAUAUAUCAAAGUAAUUAUUUGCUAAACAAGGGUUGUCUGCGGCAUCUUUUUUUAGAUCUCGGUUGAUUUUGUUGAGGCGCAGAAAAGGCCCGGUCAGAAAACGAAGAUCGUAAUGAAAGCAAAGCCUGGGUCUCGUGUGGCGAUUUCUGCCCUUGAUAAAAGUGUUCUAUUUUUGAGAGAUUCUGAAGAAGUAAAGAAAGAAGAGGUGCGUGAUUAAAUUUUGAUUAUAGCUGGUACAAUUUGAACAUUGGAUAGCUUCUUGGCCGAGUCAAAGGCAACCGUGUUAUUAUUCAUUUCACAAAACUAAUUAACUUAACUAACAUUCAUUCUUGAAAAUUAUAGCAAUUAUUUCUCAGCUUCCUCCUUCGUUGUCGUGUGGUUAACUGGCAUACCAGCCAGUGGUGCCAACCUCACCGGCGUUGGUUGUGUACUAGCGUUGAGAACAGCGCGAUCAUACUCUUUGGGUCUGAUCAUUUUUUUACACAACAAGAUAUAUUUUACUCUUACAAUUUCACACAUACAUCUCCAAUUUUAUGCACAAGUCUAUAACCUACACUUAUAUUUCUUAGGUUCACAUUUAUACAAAUACAAGUGGUUUUUUAUCUUUUAUCCUCAGGUUUUUCAAAUACAACUUUUUUCACAGGCAUAUACAUUGUGAUUGUGGCAACAACACCCGUCAUAUUUCACACUACAUUUUUCAUCUAACAUUUAUGGACUAUUGUGGCAUAAAAUUAUUACUAGGACACCAAUAUGGUUCUCAUUACCUACAUCUAAACCUAAAAAAAGGGUGACGGCAACCACAACGGGAACUUGUGAAAUUGUCAACAUCAUACCAUUCUUUAUCAUAAAACACCGCGGAUUGAAAUACAAUAUCGAUUCUAGAUUUUCUAUCUAUUUCUAUAGGUAAUGAGAAUUCUUAACCGACAAGAUACUGGUCCAGUGAACGCGCGUAGCUAUUCAAAAUGUAAAUCCCCUUCAAGAAUGCCGCUUGAAACAGAUGCUUCCGAAGCAUUUAACGUAAGUACGAAAAUAAUAUUUAUCUUUGAGGAUUCAUUUGUUUCGCUGAAUGGUAUUUUAAUGGCUGCAUGGUCGAGUGCCAUUCAUUGUCUUCAACUCUCAGUGGACACUCCUCCAGCGGAACUAGAAUUUCCUAUGUAGGCACAUCAUGUACCGCAAAACUUGAAUCUCCCAAUAGUGGACUGAGUAAUAAUUGCAUGGCUUUUUCCCAAAUUCAAAGACCAAUUUGUGAAGUAUAUGUUGAUUUUUUAUGAGUGUUUCAUGAGCGGUUUUUCUGUUAAUUAGAGGGAAAAACUAGCUAUACAGUAAAAUUGCACACAAAAAGGAACAAUAUUUCUGCUGCGAUUCUCAGCUAUUUUUGAAUAGAUGACAUGCAUUCGAAGUAGUUCAAAUUGUUAAAUUAAUACAUUUUCGCUGUUUGUAUUUUUUAUGCGAACCUUGUUAUCAUAUUUAUUUGUCAGAAACAACUUUAAUGAAUUCCUUUACACACUGCAUGUUAAACAAAACUUUGUGGCUUUCGUCGUAUUUGGCGAAACCGCAGUUUCGUUUCGUUCAAAAAUUUACUCGCCAUUCUGUAAAAGGAACGAAACGGGAAGUCAUUUUGUUUCCGUUUGGAGAGCAAUAGUGCAACGACAACCGUAACUGGGCAACCAAUCAAAUUGCGUGUCAAGAACUAUUCACCCCCGGAAUAUAUAUCGCUAGAACUGAGGACUUUAGAAGGCGUUAUAUCUGUACCUUCUCAAAAUUGUAAACAAGAUACAUAUAGCCAAUGUUGUGUACGACCGACACGCAUAAGAUUACAUAACUCAAAAUGAUUUGAGCAAAACGGUAUUUUGUUAAAAGGAAGACUGAUCAAUAGAAAUUGCUCGUUUUGAGUGAUAUAAUCAUGUGUCGUCAUGGAUCCGUGUCGUUGAACAAUGAAAAAUUUUUUUGUGAAAUUAGCGAAAUUGCAGCUUCUAUUGCAAAGAUACUGCUCAUCUGGGACGAUAAAUUCCCUUACACAUUACAUCCCGGCUAAUUAGGAAAAAUUACCUUCAGUUCUUAGAAUGAGUAAAUGCCCUUUCUGAAAAAGAUAUGACGUCAGUUGUUUAGCUUGUUUCAAGUAACCAUCUCGCCUGGGCAGGUUUCCCUAUUAUAAGUGGUUUCAAACAUACAAUCCCAAUUCCCUGCUCAGUUCAUAUAUAUGGGCCCAAAGACAAUGUUUGAUAUGUAUAGCUAAACAUUUUAUAUAUGCAUGCUUUAGCAAAUUUCCUUGCCUUUGGACAAAGCGUCUUCAACGGUUGAAUGACAUUUGGAGGCAAACAAAUUUAUCAACGGUAAAAAAACAAACUUUCGUGGGUAUUUGUUUGCCUGAAAUUACUGCAACAAUAAUCUUCCUAGUUAAACAGGUUUAAUACAAGUUUGAUAAUGUGAAGUUUUUCUGAUAUUCAUUAUAUUCGCUGGUGAAAUCGGCAGAUGGCACAUUCUCUGCUAAUGUUUGUACUGUAGAGCGAAAGAACAGGUAUCGUUGCACACUUCCAGUACAAAAGAUGUUGUCACCAUGAUGAGUAAAGAAUACAAACACGAAAUUGUACAGCCAUUCAGUACCUCAUAUCCAAGUAGCCAUUGCGACAAACGCAAAAGGGCAUUGGUCCAUUUGGCACAAUGACCCCUUGUCGUUUAGCACUUUCAUUGGUUAAUAUUCCGUAAAUCCUCGGACGUUUUUGUACAACAGUGAAAACAGCAAACAAUAAUCAUUACUGCCUGGACAGGUAACAUCACAGGGGCGGAUCCAGACUGUAGCAACUGUAGCAAAUGCUACAGUCAGAUUUUUCUGCAAAAAUAUUUUUAAUACUGAAUGUGGUGAUAGUAAAAAUUUCUUAUAGAAGUUUUCCAGUUUCUCCAUCUCAAAAAAAUUAACUUCCGCAGCGUCCACCAGAUGUCCGUACGUUUUUUGUGAGCUACGAAUAUUAAGUUACGUUUUUACGCGCUUAUCUUAACCUGAAUUUUACCCAAAACAACGCCCGCUUUUAGGGGAAAUCACCUAAAUUUUUAAAACAUCGUUCAAAAAGCGUUCAGAAAAGUGGUCUAAAUAUAGCGAUUUAUGACGUCAAAAUGCUACAGUCACCUGGGGGUCUUACGUCAAUAUGCUACAGUCAGCGGGGGGACGAGUUACUAAAUUUAGCAUUUUUGCUACAGUCAGAUGAAGCAAACCAAUCACAGCGCUGCAAUGCGCUACAGUCAGCUACAGUUGCGCAAUUCGAUAGGAACUUUAGAGCGAUGUUAUUUCGCUAUAUUUGUUUGCGCUUUCACCGAGCCAAUUCUUUCGAGGAAAACCUAAGUAGACUAAAGCGCUAUGUGAGGAUGCCAUCGGGAGCAAAGUUAAGGCCAUUCGCCCGAAAGAUUGCGAGGUAUUUGUGUGUGAUUUUUCGAAAUUACAAUUCAAGUAAAAGAGCGCGCUCGUUGAACCACGUUCGGGUCAGGUAAGCUCAUGAGUAUUAGAAUAUAUUAAUAAACAGAAUAUAAAUGUAAUCUCAAACGCUCCGUGCCAGUGUUUGGAAAUUGCGCGCUGGAGAUUUCGAAAAUUUGAUAGUAAAUAUAUAGAAAGCAUCAAAAUUGCGCGGCCGUUGGCCGAUAUUCCGCCGCGCGAUACAAACUUUCCAGACUGGUAAAUGAUAACAACAAAAAGCUUCGGAUUGAAAGGGUACGUUACUGAAUUGCUAAAAUAUACAAGCAAAACCAUAACUGGAAAAUACCAGCAAAACCUCGAAAUUUGGCUUGUAUAUUUAAGUGGUUGAAUCUCCGUUAGUCCGAAGGUUUCUUUCAGUAUAUAAAUGUGCCUGUUUGCGUUAUAUAUCUAUCUGCCCAUUGAUUUUAUGCAUUGAUUGUAAUUGUGUUGAUAUAUGUUACACAUGUUCGGUAUGAUAUUAAAUUACAUAUUAAUAUGGGGAGGAAGGCUGUUUUAAACUUUGCAUACAGUAAUUUGUAGAUCUGGCAUGAUUUGGUUGUUUAAUUUAAACAUUUUCCUGUCUUUAUGUGUUUUUGUAACUUUUUGUCUAAAAUAUGGCCUUAUUAAGGUCAAAUUUUAGGACAGAAUUCGAUGCUCAGAAUGCAGGAAGGAAAUGGUGUUUCCGGGGUUCAAUUUUCAAAAAUUUUCCAGGUGGGGCAUGCCCCCGGACCCCCCUAGAUUACGUGGUGCCUCCUCAUUUUUGGGAUUAUGCUACAGUCAGAUUUUUAGCUGGAUCCGCCCCUGAGUCAUCAGAUCAAGUAACUCUAACGUUCGAUCGCAUUAUGUAAAUCGGCCAUCCGCCGCCCCGCUAGCACUUAAACUAUAUCUCAUUCGUUAUAAUUGUCGUCACUGUCUCGGCCAUCCAAAUAGAUUUUCUUCCUAUAAUGUAAUUUGUGAAAUGAUCGUUCAGUCGAGGAUUGUUUCAAUUACAAAUAUUUUGUUGACAUAUUGCAAAAUUAUAUUUUUUGUGUGUGUUUUGAGUUUAUGUACUCAGGUGAAUAUAAUGUUUUUCGUGUUACUCAGAGGUCGCGGGUUUGAUUCCCACCGUAAUCGGGCUAGCUUUUCAGUCUGCCCGGUGUGGAUAUAUACUCAGAGUGACAUGAAAAACAUUAUAUUGCAAAAUUGUUGUCCAGAAUUAUCCUCAGAGAAAUAGCAGAGCAGAUGUCGAACAUGAUUUCAUACAGUGCCGAAUUAAGUUAAGAAAGUUCCAACCGGGAUUUGAAAUCACACCUUCAUUUCAUUUCAUUGACUUCAUUUACCGAGGGUAACACAUGGCAAUGAGCAUGAGCUACUGAUAAAUUAGUGGCCCCCGUAAACUAUAUUACGACUAUAAACAAGAAAUAAUUAAUGUAACAAUGUACAGUAUAGUAUCUUCCUAACGGAUAUCUGUCAAUAAGUCAUUAAAAGUCAGUAAAAUAGUACUAACAUAGUUAUAAUAAAAUAUUAUACAACAUUAUAUUUAUAGUUGCAUAGUCGUCUUUUGUUCCUGCAACAAUUGCGCAUCUAACAUUUGUUUGAACUUAGCUACGGACUUUUGGCUGCGUAAUGGAUUGUCUAAAGCAUUCUAUUCUUUGGUAGCCUUACAACAAAGGUGGGGAUUCCUUCUGUUUCUCGCUUGUACUUUGCACACACCAAAUUAAGACCACAAUGGCGAGUGACCCUAUAAUGAAGAUCACAAUUUCUUACUAUAACGAAGAGCGUAAGUACUCCUGAACGUAAUAUUGACUGUUUAUCCUCUUAGAAACUAAUGUGUUUCGCUUUACGAUACUUUCUUUAUAAAAUGGUAACCAAUUUAACAUAUUGAGUCCAGGAGUCCAGUCGUCUCUCUACCUAAUGCAUGAGUUUAUUUCCCUCCGGGACUGCAGGCGAGCUUUGCCAAUUUUACUGCUCGAUACAAAAUGUUUUCGCGACGAUUUAAUCUUUAUCUACGAGAACAAUUGCGUUGUUUUUACUUUUAUUACCGAGUCAUCCCCGAGGUUGAUAUACCGAAAUCUAAUCAUGUGUAUCCAUUCCUGGAUAAAAUCAUGGAAAGGGACCCGCUUUAACUUCCUAUCAUAUUUAUUAUAGAAUGCUGGCGUCAUAUUUCUGACGAAUUUAAACAUUUUUACUAAACCAUGUCGCUCACCACCUACACCGCCUCCACGCCGAUCGAGACCACGCCCAUGGGGCCGACGCAGUUGGUAUGGUGGGUAUGGGAGACGGUGGGGUUGUUUUGGGGGUCCACGUGGCCGGCCAUGGGGUAUGUCAUAUUACAGAUCGCAAUCUGGAUUACCUACACCAAGUAAGAUACUUGAAAUGAAUGCAUGAUUUCCUUCAUUACAGUGCAAAUGAGGAAUAAUCGCUAUUGGGCAUCUCAAUCAAAAUGUCACGAGAUGACAACGAUCGUUGUGCAAUAAAUUAAAGACGAUAUCAUAGUGCUAUCGUCGUGCGAGUGAUAAAGGCGAUAAUAUUUGCCUCGUCUAAAUUACGAUAACCUGUUUAUUUUAUAUAUAUAUAUCACUAUCACUAUGAAUUUGAUAAGGUCUGCUAUACUUUUAGUAUUGAGCACUUUGUAUAUCUACACAACCAAAAUAAAUUGAAUUUUUUAUAUAUAUAUAUAUAUAUAUAUAUAUAUAUAUAUAUAUAUAUAUAUAUAUAUAUAUAUAUAUAUCACAAGUUUUGUAACGUAUAGUGAAGAGAGUGCUCAAUACAUAAAAUUUUGUAGAGCGAAUGUAAUUACUAUUCUUACUUAAAAUGUUUUUUUUUAAGUAAGAAUAGUAAUUAUAUAUAUAUAUAUAUAUAUAUAUAUAUAUAUAUAUAUAUAUAUAUAUAUAUAUAUAUAUAUAUAUAUAUAUGUAUAAUUCAAUUUAUUUUGGUUGUAUAGAUAUACAAAGUGCUCAAUACUAAAAGUAUAGCAGAGCUUAUUAGAUUAUAUCUUCAAAUUAAAUAUCGCUACUCUGAGUUUCACGUCCUUUCUAGACGAUCAUCAGGCGAUUUUGAAAAAUCGCCUGAUGAUCGUCUAGAAAGGACGUGGAAGUAGCGAUAUUUAAUUUUAAGAUAUAGACAAUCUAUAUAUAUAUAUAUAUAUAUAUAUAUAUAGGUCAUUAUAUUUUGUUAAAGAUCUUGUUUAUUCGAAACCGGUUUUUCUGACGACACUUGCCGAAAAUUUCGCCUCUUUUAUUGAGUAAAUUGACUUUGUUUAUGUCUCUCAAAUUGCAAAAUUUUUCUUCCAAACAUAAAUUGCAGUGUUUUGAUCCACUUGUAUACGAAAUAGCGUGUUUUAAAAUUGCCCAUUUGAUGGUAUAAUUCUGAUUGUUUUCUUCUAAUUUCCAAAUAUGUUUCGAAAGUUCGGUUUUGUUUGAGUCUUUUUUUUUAUGACGAAGAAAUGAAAAGUGUGGUUAGCGUAACGUUCCUUAAAUGUAGCGCUGUCAUACCAAUGUAGUGUUUUGUGUUCAAUAUAUAGACCACAGUAAGACUUUUUUUAAAUGUUUAUUUCAUCAACAAACGACGUUUCGGAACACAAAGUCAAGAAAGUAAUCAAUAAACACAAGUCACGUUCUCUUCCUCCCAACCUCACCAGAAACCAAAGAGAAACCCUGUCCGAAUUAACCACACUUAAGAAAGCCCGAGAAGUUAGAAUAUCGGUGAGCGAUAAAGGUGGCGAAUUCGUGGUAAUGAACAGUAAUCUAGAUAACACAUUAAUGGAGAAACACCUUGGAAAUGAAUCACUUUACCGACCAUGCCAUGAUUUAACGAAGAAAGCUGAAGAGGAGAUCAACGAAGUUUGGGAAUACGUUGCAAAAAAAAAUCGUGUUAACGAAAGAUCCAUUGGAAGAUUAAAAACGACCCACAGUGUUUGUCCUGUUAUCUACCUGCUAACCAAAACUCACAAAUUCCAGAACAAUAUACCGAGUUCUAACCCUGAUGACAUCAAAGUACGACCAAUAAUCUCUGGUUGUGGUGGUCCUGCCGAUAAGGUCUCCUGGCUCAUACAAAUGAUAUGCAACCCUCUCCUGCAGUUCGUGAAAGCACAUCUUAGAAGCACUCAACACCUAUUGAAUAAUCUACGAAGCAUUAAGAAUGGAGAGCUGAAGAACAAGCUCCUGUUCAGUCUAGAUGUGGUUUCCUUGUAUCCAAGCGUAGAUAACGACGCAGCAAUUGAUACCUUACGUUUAUAUCUAGAGAAAGAAAAGAACAACAUCCAACAUCAAUUUUCGGUAUCUGACAUCAUUCUACUCACCAAAGCUAUCUUCGAAAAGAACUGUCUCUCUUGGAAACGAUCUUAUUAUCAACAGCGUCGAGGUCUGGCUAUGAGAAACCGGUUAGCCCCAAUACUCGCUAUACUCUUCAUGGACAGAAUAGAAAACCAAGCAAUCUAUUCCGACCAGGCUCUUUCCCUUCCCUUGUAUUAUCGAUAUAUUGAUGAUUGUAUUACACCUGCUAGCGGUCCAGAUGAAGCUGUAAAGAUCCAAGACAAGCUUAACUCACAAGACCCAUCAAUACGAUUCGAAAUCGAGUUGCCAGGUGAAGAUGGAUUCCUCCCAUUCCUCAACACAAAAGUCAAGGUGAACGAAUCUGGAACAGUGGAGACGGGAUGGCAUACAAAAUCGGCAAACAAAGGAAUAAUGUUUAAUGCAAAAUCACACCACCGAGAACAAAUCAAACGGGCCGCUAUCGGUAACACCAUCAAGACAUAUACUUCCAUAUGUUCAACCGACGCCUUGUUUGAAGAAGCUGAACGGAAGUUUGAAAGAAGAGCGAGACGAAACGGCUAUAGCAACAACUAUAUAAAAAAAGUCCAGACAACAAAACGAAAACUGCCAAAAUCGAAAGUCGAACCUCUUCCCACAUUCACAAUUCCAUUCAUUUCCAGAAGCUUUACGACUGACAUCCGAAGAGCGGCCCAGAGUUCAAACCUCAAUGUCAGAAUAGUUGAAAGACCACAAAGCUCGCUUAAACAACUCCUCGUAGAAUCGCGACCUUACGAUAAAGUAUGCACAGACACCUCUAAAUGCCCAAUCUGCAGCAACUCAAAUGCUCCCGUUCAGUGUACACAGAAAGAUGUCGUGUAUCAAAUCAACUGUGACCUUUGUGGAGCAACGUACGUAGGCGAGACAGGCAGACCAUUGGUGGUUCGAUACCAAGAACAUUUUCGUUCCGCAGCAAACCCGAAAACAAAGUCCUAUAAAAACAUGGCUUUCUCAAAACACUACCUCGACCAACAUUACGGACAAAAACCGAAACUGUCUGUUAAGAUUUUAAAAAGAACAAAAGGAUCUGUAGAACGGAAAAUUACCGAAGCAUUAUUCAUCCAAAAGCUUAAUCCAGACUUGACUGGAAAAUACGAACAGUUAAAUGUCUUAGACUUCGUAGUUUAAACAUUUAAGACAGAAUUAACAAUUUCUAAUUUUUAUUAGAAUUAAUCGGACACGUGCACGUAAUUUAUAUGCUUACGCAAUUUCGCACGCGCGAAUAACGGUCGCAAUUUAACGUUUAUGCAUGCGCAUGUUAGUUUAAAUUCAAAAUGUAAUCCUACUACCUGAAGAUGGAGUAAAUCUCCGAAACGUCGUUUGUUAAUGAAAUAAACAUUUAAAAAAAGUCUUACUGUGGUCUAUAUAUUGAACACAAAAUAUACUAUUAACAUGAGACUUAGGGAAAGUUCGUUCCUAAACAUUUUGAAGAAUGUAGUGUUUACAAUACAAUACAAUACAAUACAAUACAAUACAGUACAGUACAGUACAGUACAGUACAGUACAGUACAGUACAGUACAGUACAGUACAGUACAGUACAGUACAGUACAGUACAGUACAGUACAGUACAGUACAGUACAGUACAGUACAGUACAGCACAGCACAGUACAGUACAGUACAGUACAGUACAGUACAGUACAGUACAGUACAGUACAGUACAGUACAGUACAGUACAGUACAGUACAGUACAGUACAAUACAAUACAAUACACUUUUAUUGUACCCAUUUGUUAAAAUACUGCAUGAUUUGUAUGGCAAAUUGAUCAUAAUAAAGGUAGGGUACUGGCUUCCCGAAAUAACCUAAGAUGGCUAAAAAUGCCAGGAAGCCAGUUCGCAAAAAUAUUUAAAUAACUUAUAUAAUCGGAAAUUAGGUACAACAUGACACUAGCAGUAACAGAAAACAGACUUACACACAGAUCUACACUAAUAAUAAAUUAAAUACAAUUUACAAUUGCAACAUAUUAUAAUAAUACAAUACCAGUAGAUUUUAAUUUGGAGUUAUGAUGAAGGAAAAGGAUCAGAACACUUUAUUAACUUAUAUAGCAAGAAGAAGAAACAUUUUACUGUGAAUAAAAUGUUUAAUAUUUAUGCAAUAUAUCACUUUUUAGUUUAUUUUUGAAUUUUGAAAAAGAAAACAGUUUACAUUUUUUUCCAUGGAGUUCCAUGUUUUGGUUCCUUGAAAUCUUAUAUUGAAUAAACCAUAAUUAGUUAUUGCUUUAGGAAGGUAAUAACUCUGUUUUGAUGCCAAUCUUGUAUUAUAAUUAUGUAUUCUAUCUAUUGGAGUGAAAAAGUUAUCAAAAGCUGAGGGCAAUAGUCGAUGGUGGAAUUUAUACAUAUGGAAAUUUACCGAAUCAAAGAUCUUGAUUAUAUUUAAUAACUUAAACAAUGAACUUAAAUGUUCGUUAUAUUCAGAAAAAAAUAUAAUACGCAUGGCCUUCUUUUGUAAAACAAAAAGUGGUUGUAUUGUAGUGGGGUAAGUAUUACUCCAGACGAUUAUACCGUAUAUUAAUAAUGGAUAAAUUAAAGUAUAAUAAAGAUUAAUCAGAAUGUUAGUGUGGACAUAUUACCGUAAUUUAGAUAGAAUGCCUACACUUCCCUUAUUUUUCUUAGCAAUACAUUAAAUUUGGGAUUUCCAACCAAGGUUAGAGUCAAUCAGGAUGCCUAGACAUUUAAGCGAAUAGCAUUGUUUAAUAAUCUUGUCAUUUAUACUUAAUUGAAAAUUUAUACCUAUUUUUCAUUGUGAUGGAUGAAAAAGGACUAAAUUUGAUUUUUCUACAUUGAGCGAUAACUUAUUGGCACAUAGCCAGACAUUAAUACUAUUUAAUUCGGUAUUAACAUCUGAUUGCAAAAUAUUAAUAUUUUUAUGUCGGUAGAACAAAUUUGCAUCGUGGCAAAUAAAUGAAAAUCGAAAAGGUUACAACUGUGAUGAAAAUCAUUGACAUACAAAACAAACAAAAUUGGACCAAGAACGGAUCCUGUGGUACACCACAAGAAAUAAUAUUAGUCGAAGACUUAGUAUUAUUUACUGUAACUGUUUGAUAGCGGCCUCUAAGAUAGGAUUAAAACCAAUGUUUAGCUACACCCCGUAUUCCAUAAUGUUCUAAUUUUUUAUUAAGAUUUCAUGAUUGACUGUUGAUGUAUAUGUAUAUAUUGUGUUAAUGUUGGACAAAGCGGGACGGCAUGAGCGAUAGGUGAUAGUUAAAAAGGGCGGGAAAGGACGGAGAGACAUUACAUUGUAUACUAUGGGUUUAUAUUAUUAAAAGAAACGAACAAACAAGUUUAUAUUUGGCGACGAGGAUUAAAAAUCACUUAUCCUGACACUCACUAUGUCACAAUGACUAUGUAACUUCUGUGAUGCAAUUGGCCACUAUGAAACUGUAUGUAGGAAGAAGAAAGCAAUCAAUGAACUGAAAAACGACAGCGAACAAAAAAAACAUCAAAUCGAAGAUCAUGACCACAGCGGCGUCUACAGCAUCAACAUCUUCAGAAUAACCGAAAAAUAAACAUUACAUUGUAUAGUAUGGGUUGAUAUUAUUAAAAGAAACGAACAAAACAGUUUAUAUUUACUGUUUCAAAGGCUUAGCUAAGAUCUAAAAAUAUUACACAAGAAAAAUCUUGUUCAUCAAUUGCUUUUUGUAUUUUAUCAAUUAUACUAAGAACGGCAAAGUCAGUAGAGUGUUCAGCACGAAAUCCGAAUUGAUUAUCAAACAAAAUUGCUAUACGUUGGAUAAAAUCAAGCAGCCUAUUUGACAUAUGUUUCUCUAAGAGCUCUUUCACUAUACUGAAAGAAGAGAGAUUGGACGAUAAUUACAAGUACUAGUUUGAGAUCCAUUCUUAUAAAUCGGUAGAACAUUUGCUAUUUUAAAAUUCUUGGUACAACGCCUAUUGAGAAAGAAACAUUAAAUAAAAUUUACAAUAGCUUCGAUAUCACUGUUUCAAGGAUUUUCAGAAUUGACACUGGUAUACUAAAUGGACCAGUAGCCUUUCCGAGUUGUAAUAUAGAAAUUUCAUUUAAAAUCUCCUCCGAAGUAACUGGAGAAAUAUAUAAGCUAUCACAUGGAGAAGUAGCGAGAUAAUCAAAAGGCGACUUUUCAACAUUUGGUAUUAAAGAGGCCAAACUAUUUCCGAUGUUAGCAAAAAAAAUAUUGAAAACAUUUGUAAUUGCCAUUGGAUCUGUUACCUCUCUAUUUCCCUCAAGAAUUUUGUUAAUUCCCUGGCUCACUUUAGGUUUGGAGUGUAUUAUUUGUUUGAUGCCCUUCCAUACUCUCUUUGUAUCGUGGAUGUUUUGUAUAAAAUAGUCAUUGUAGUAGUUUCUUUUGCUAAUCUUCAAAAUAUGGUUUAAUUUGUUUCUAUAAAAUUUUUUUUUUUUUUAAAUAAUAAUAAAAGGACUUUGUUUUCAGGAAUUUACUGUAUAAUUUGUUUUUAACAUGAAUUGAUUUUUGAUUUGCACGUGUUAUCCAUGGUUUGGAUUUUAACUUUAUUUCAUUUCUAGAUAAUUGUUUUAUAGGAAUAUGUUUAUCAAUUGUUUCAGUUAUCUUAGCGUGAAAAUUAUCAAACAUUAGAGAUGGAUCACUAUUCGAAGCAAAUACUGUUUGCCAAUUGAUAGAUUGAAGUUCAUUUAUUAGAUCUGGUUCAUUAAACAAUGAGUAAAAUUUCUUAUAGAUUUUAACAUUUGAGGGAAGAGACGAAAAUUUAUUAAAUAUGAUAAAAUUAGGGAAAUGAUCAGUCAAAUAAUAGACCAGAUUACUACUAAUGACAAAGUGUUGGAUUGAAGUAAAAAAUAUAUUAUCAAUCAAUGUCGAGGGGUGGUUAGUUAUUCUAGUCGGUUGUAAUAUUUGUGGUUGUAAUAUUUGUGGUUGAAGGAAAUAAGAACCUAGAGAAUUUAGAAAGUUGUCUGAAGCAAUAUUUAAAUUUGCUUUCAAAAGGUCAAUUUUGAAAUUGGCCUUUAUUAUGGCAAUUAUGAGUAGAGUAAUAGGCAAAAUUAUUAUCCUAGGGCAAGUUUAAAUCAAUAUCUAGGUCAUUUAAAUGAGGUGUAUUAGUUAUGGGUGAUGCAAUAUCAAGACAAGGUAGAUCUUUAAGUUCCAGUAAUCUGUUAUCAAUAUGAGAUAUAGAAGUAGAUGUUAAGCAUCUACCACAAUUCACACUUGAGUCACACAUCAAACAAAAUAAUUAUUCAAUUUGUACUUAGCUCAACAGCUUAGUAAGUUGACCUUCAUUCUUGAUAUAGAUCAUUUGACUUUCUUCAUUCCUCCUUAAGUAGAUUCUACCGUUUGAGGUCCAAACGUAUUUUUAAUUAAGAUCUUUCUUGGUCUUUAGACAACAGUUAAAUAAAGAUUUAUUCAUUUCAGUAAGGCUUUCAUUGAUAUAUAUAUAUAUAUAUAUAUAUAUAUAUAUAUAUAUAUAUAUAUAUAUAUAUAUAUAUAUAUAUAUAUAUAUAUAUAUAUAUAUAUAUAUAUAUAAUAAAUCGAUAAAAUGCAACUUUAGUAUCUCGACGAACAAAUUUUACGAUAAUUGCAGGUUCAAGUCUGUUCCCCUUGUAUCCUUUAUUCACAGGUAAAGGAUGGCUCACAGAUACAUCUUUCUCGGUGAUAUCAAUAUCCGUAAAUUUGCUGGCAAUUUUCAUUACAAUAUCAUCAGUCAGGGGCUGGUAUAGCCUACCUUGAAUUUCUACACACUCCCUGCGAGAGUAUUGUUCAAGGUCAUCGUAUGUGUUUUUUAAUUGAAGCAGUUGGCUAUCAGUUUGUUGUAAAGCACUCUUUAAUUUAAAAUCUUGUUUUCUUGCUGUAUCCCAAUUCUCGCGCUAUUUCGCGAGAAUUGAGUUUCGUAAUUACUUCUUUAUUACUUGGUGUAAGCCAGAUAAAUGAAUUGCAUCGCAUCUUCAAGUUUGGUAUACUGAGUUCUGAAACUUUCAUAUUCAAUGGUAUGAGCUUCUGGUCCAGUUUCUCAUCCAGCAUUUGUUUUAAUUGAUCUGCUGUUAAAUAUUCUGGCAUUGUAAAACACAAUAACAUACUACUCACAAGAAAUACUGUCAAAAAUAUAAAAAACGAUAAUAUUGACUAAAAUAUUAUCAAUUUCACAAGAACAACAAAUUUAAUGUCCGCCAUGUUUGCCGAUGCAUGCGCAUUACUACGCGCAUUAUUACGCGCAUUAUUAUUAUUAUUAUUUUUUUUUUUUUUAACAGCUUUAUUGGACAUACAUAUAAAAGGUUACAUAUUAUUAUACAAACAAAUACUACAGGGUAUACGUCCAAUGGGGCUAGCGCAAACGAGACAACGAGACCCAUGCAGGGCGCCACCCCUAAACUAAACUAGUGAAAACAAACUUAUUUACUAUACAGAAUAUAUACAUAUAUAACUUAGGACUUAAGUACGGUGACAAGGGCAGUCUCUUAUGAGCGACCAAGUACAUGUCAUAUCUACAUUAAAAGUACUGUUCACCAUGGCGGUGUAUGUCUUGUGCAAAAAGCUUUUAAAAAUAUUUACAUUGGGAAACUUUUCUGGAGAGGCUAUUUUACAUAUAUAGUUCCAAGGCUUUACUAUUCUAUUAAAAAACGAUGCCUGAAAGGUGGAUGUUUUGCAGCAGGAGUGUUUUAACAUUAGGGCUGGAUUUUGUGCGCGAGAUCGAUUGUGCUCUACGAAGGUUAAAAGUUGAUUAAUGUUUAAAUCGGUAUGACCAAAAAUACAUUUAUAAACCAACACAAGAUCUCUGAUUUCUCGAUCAUAAGUUAGUGGCAAUAGGUUUAGAGAUUUCAGCCUGUCUUCAUAUGACAGCUCACCAACUUUAGUUCUUAGAAUCCAUCGAAUCCAUCAUUAUUAUGCGAUUAUUAUGCGCAUUAUGCGUUUAGUUUCGUUCGUGUUGUUCGUUGUGACUGUGGCUUUGUAAAUAAAGUUGUUAGUCAUACAUUGUUUCGGUAGUGGACAAGCGUUUUUGUUGUCGCAGUUACAAUUGCCAGUUUCCAUAUUUGGUGACUGGCUGUUCCUAAUUAUACGUACGUGCGUUGUGUUUGGUAAUUAUAAACUUAACGUUGUUCAUGCAACCAUAGCUUACUUUUGAAGUGUUUCUGUUGAAAAUCUCGUGUAGUUUGUGCGGUAGUGGAAAGUGUUUGUCAAUUAAACUUAAUAUUUCCCAUCCUAUGUUCUAGAUAACACUCUUACUAAAUGGUGGGUUGAACCAAAUUAUGUUGCGUUGCGAGUGUACGUAAAUUCGUGAUCAAAGUUACUAUGUCUAAGGGCGGGCUGGUAGAUAGGCGUAGAUUCGUUAACUGUUUGUUCGUCUGAUAAGAGACGUACAAUGCGUUUGUUGAUGGCCGUAGGUAAUUGUUUUGUAAUGCUUGGUGGAUGGUUUGAAUACUUGUUGAUGUAGAAUGGAUCGUCAUUGGGUUUCCUGUAUGGUUUGUGUUUUUCGUUUUUCAGUCAGGUCGAAAGUAACAUCUAAAAAAAUUACAACGUUCAAAUUUACAUCGGCGGUGAUUUUCAGGUCAAAUUGCUCGAAAAUUUUGUGUAAGAGUUACAGCAGUGUCGUCACAAAAACCGGUUUCGAGUAAACAAGAUCGUUAAGAAAAAUUUAAUGACCCAAGCAUUGUUUCGCCUGAGCACUGUUUCGCCUAUGCAUUAAUUGUUUCGCCUAAGCAUUGUUUCGCCUACAAGCAUUCCGCGCAUUCUUUCAAUAGCAUAAAAGUAACCUAUAUUUUCGAAAUUACUCACCACCUGAUGAUUCCUAUACGCAUGAGGAUGGAACUGACUGUUGUGGUUGUUUUGAGGUAAAACGAAAAUGUCCCAGAAUCAAUUUUGAUGUCCCACAAUCGUGAGGCAUCAAAGGUAACAGUAAAUAGCAGUUACUUUCAUCCUGCUCAUCAGCACUACAAUGAUGAGGCCCAUAAGGUCGAAACGGAACCGUCUGUACUUAUAUAUAUAUAUAUAUAUAUAUAUAUAUAUAUAUAUAUAUAUAUAUAUAUAUAUAUAUAUAUAUAUAUAUAUAUAUAUGAAAGCGUUAUGGUUGCCAUGCCUGGUUUCAAUGUGAAUGGUGUUUUAAAAAUUAAAAUAAAACAAGAACUUCCUCAGGCAUAAAAAGGUAUAAUGACUAUAACCCAGACGUUUCGCCGGUUAAGGCUUCUUCAGUGGGUGAAAAUUUUUUUUUAUAUAUGAUAUAUAUAUUAUAUAUAUAUUAUAUAUAUAUUAUAUAUAUAUUAUAUAUAUAUAUAUAUAUAUAUAUAUAUAUAUAUAUAUAUAUAUAUAUAUAUAUAUAUAUAUAUAUAUAUAUAUAUAUAUAUAUAUAUAUAUGGCACCAUUCUAUUUCUUAUACUGAUUUAAUAAAUAGAUUUCACUCCGUAGACGUGUAAGUGCUCGUGAUUACUUGACAUUUAACAAUCAAGCUCAAACUUUUGGAAUGUGACUGUUUUUUUUUUAAUAUUGAUAAAGUGUCGCAGAACUACACUGGACCCACCCAAGUCGCACCCAAUGCAAGCACUUCCGUCAAAUUCGAAGAAAUUAUGCCAGAAGAGGUACCAGUGAAAGUUCGUAAGUACUUCCCAGAGACUUGGCUUUGGACAGAUCUAAAGUUUAAGUAA